UGCAAGAACUGGAAGCCUCGCGAGGGGUUUUCCGGCAAAAGAGCAGCCCGGCGGGCAACCGGAGGCGACAGAGACGGAGGAAAGGAGGCUGGCAGGCGGAGUGGCAGAGGAAGCACCCAAAAAAGGCCAAAAAGCAGCACCCCACCCCCUGCCCUGCCCUGCCCUGCCUUGCCUGCCUCAGAGGAGGGAGAGAGAGAGAGAGGGGCCGGCGCAUCUCCCCUCGGGGCCUCUCCCGUGCUCUGCUCUUCCCCUGCGCCGGUCGGCUCUGCCCCGUCCUGCUCUGCUCUGCCGCUGCAGCUGCUGUCCCCCCUGCCUCCCUCCCCGCGGCGCAGGCGCAACAACCCGCCGAUCGAUCAUGCUUGCUUAGCCUGCGACCACACCCACCCACCCCCGAUCCGCCUCCGCUGCCUCUCUAUAUAUACCCCGCCCGCCUCGCGCCCCCGAUUCCGCCCCCGAACCUUCCAGAACACUCCUCCUCCCGAGCCCCGAGACCACCAACCGACGGGCGCCUCCCUCCCGGCUCCCUAUGGCCGUAGUCGAGACAGCCGCCGACCACGCCGCGCCCCGCACUGAGGAGGCGGGCUCCGACGCCGGGGAGCGCGAGAUGCGGGAUCUGGAGGAGCUCCUCUCCAAGCUCAAUCCCAUGGCCGAGGAGUUCGUCCCGCCCUCCCUUGCGUCCCCCAUCGCCGCCGCCGCCGGGGCCCCCGCGCCGCUCUCCCCCGCGGCGUACGGGUACUACCCCGCCAACGGCGGAUUCGCGGUCGCCUCGCCGGGCCACGGGGGGGUCGUCGGGUUUCCCGCCGGCGGCGAUGGCCCCGCCGGCCGCGGCAGGAAGAAGGGGGGACCAGGGCUCGGCCACGGGCACCCCGGCAGGCGGCGGACGAACAGCCGCACCACCAUGGCGCAGCGCGAUGAGGUGAUCCGCCGCACCGUCUACGUCUCCGACAUCGAUCACCAGGUCACCGAAGAAAACCUGGCAGCAUUAUUUAUCAACUGCGGACAGGUUGUGGACUGUCGCAUGUGUGGGGACCCAAAUUCAGUUCUUCGUUUUGCUUUCAUAGAGUUCACUGAUGAGGAGGGUGCAAGGGUUGCUCUAAAUCUGUCAGGAACUGUGCUCGGAUAUUAUCCUGUCAGGGUUCUGCCAUCAAAAACUGCCAUUGCACCAGUCAACCCAACAUUCUUGCCCAGGUCUGAUGAUGAACGUGAAAUGUGUGCAAGGACUAUUUACUGCACAAACAUUGAUAAGAAGGUCACUCAGGCAGAUCUAAAAUUGUUCUUUGAGUCAAUAUGUGGAGAGGUCUUCCGGCUGAGGUUGCUUGGCGACUAUCAUCAUUCUACUCGCAUUGCCUUUGUGGAGUUUGUGAUGCUAUUGACAAGGUGCUGAGAUCAGUUUCUGAAGAAUGCGUAUUUUGGUGUGCUGCUGGUGCCAAGGACCUUCAGGUCCUGCUGGCUGUGUAGGAAGAGAUCCUCUUGUUCCUGAGGAGUCCGGGUCGUUUCACUGUGGCGCUCAUGUCCUAGAACUGUCUUGGGUGAGUGAGUGUGAGUUUGGGUGCGUGUGAGUUCGGGUGUGUGUUGUAAAUGGGUUACGUUUUCUUUUCCUUUUCUUAAUGAAAUGACACGCAGCCCUCCUGCGCGUUUGAGAAGAAUAUGCCUUGAAACGUAAAAUGGUCCUAAUUCCUAAAGUAGAAAUGUUACUACUUGUGCCUUCUCAUCAUGCUUAGUGCAUAACUUGGUCUCAGCAUUGUCAGCAGUUUUGGAUAUUUUAUCACUAGUCAUUACUAUGUGCUAUAUAACUGGUCUGUUCCCUGCACUGUCUCCCUGUCUUCAGACUUUUGAUGCUGGUUAUUUUGUGAAGCCAACGUUCAUUGCCAACUUUUUUUUGUAUAAGCAAUGUUUUUAAAUGGUGCUAGCUCUUUGUUUCCCCUCA